AUGGCCUGUCCAGAGAGAAGACUACGUCUGGCUUUCCUCAUUUUCCUGCGUCUUCUGUCUGUCAGAUGCGUCUCCCAUCCAAAACCAGUCUCCUGGUGUGUGUUGUCUGACGCUGAGGAGCGAAAGUGUCUGGAUUUGGCCAGAAAUGCUACAGCCCGUAAUGUCAGAGGAACGCUGCAGUGUGUCCGUGGUCUGAACACUGGGGAUUGCAUGGAUAAAAUCAAGAAUGGAACAGCAGAUGCAGCUACCAUGUUUGCAGAUGACAUUUAUGCUGCAGGUUUUUGCCACGGCCUUGAGCUCGCUGCAGGAGAGUCCCACAAUGGAGUCGAUGGAAUCAGCUACUACGUGGUUGCCAUGGCUCGCCGCUCCUCCUCAGAUUUGUCCCUGCUGGAGAUGCACGAGCGCAGCUCCUGUCACCCCGGCAUUCGUACCACAGUGGGCUGGACCGUGCCGAUUGGCUACCUGGUCAACACGUCCCAGAUCAGUGUGGGAGAGCAGUGCAACUUCCCCAGAGUGGUGGGAAACUUCUUCGGCUACAGCUGCGUACCAGGUGUUAAAGACCCCCAGCAUGAUCCCAGAGGCAACAACCCAAAGAACCUGUGUGAGGCCUGCAUAGGAGACGAGAACGACAGACACAUCUGCGCCAACAACCACAGAGAGAGGCAUUACGGCGAGGCCGGGGCGCUCAGAUGUGUUGCCGAGAAUCUCGGCGACGUGGCUUUCAUCAAGCACACGACAAUCUUUGACAAUCUGGAUGGCAAGAAUCAGGAGUCCUGGGCUCUGGAUCUGGAGCUGGAGGACCUGAAGUUGUUGUGUCCAGAUGGGAGUGAGGCCGGCUUGGACGAGUAUGAGAGGUGCCACCUGGCAGCCGUCCCUGCUAACGCGGUGGUGGUGCGCAUGGAGGACAAGUGCCGCGUCUGGAAAUACCUGGAACGCUUACAGAAUGUGUUUGGCAAUGCCACCGAGGGCUUCAGCCUCUUCAGCUCGGCAGGCUACGGCCAAUCGGAUGUGCUCUUCAGUGAUGCCACCCACCACCUGCAGAGAGUUCUGGGUAGCUACACCUCUUGGUUGGGCCCCACUUACACCACUGCGCUGCAAGCCUUCGAGUGUGAGGGCUUCUGCUGAUGGAAGAGGAGGAAGACAUCCAGCGCAUUAACUUCUUCCCCAUCCUGCUGUCUCCAUCCUCCACUUCUGCUCUCUCUCCCCUCCAUCUAUGUCUCUCUAUCUGAAUCUU